CUGGCGCCAGUGGUGGAUGGACGGGUCUGGUGGCGCCAGAGGCCGCUGGCGGCGGCGACCCACGAGAUCGUGCGGGAGGGCAUCGCCUUCGUUCCGCAGGGCAGAAGGGUCUUCACGCACCUGACCAUUUCUGAGAACCUGGAGAUGGGCUGCCUGCACCUGGGCGACCGCGUUGAGAAGCAGAGGCGGAUGGACUCGGUGAUGGAGCUGUUCCCGGUCCUGUACGACAAGCGCCGCGACCUGGGCAGCCAGAUGUCGGGCGGGCAGCAGCAGAUGCUGGCCCUGGGCCGGGGGCUGAUGGCGAACCCCGACGUCCUGCUGCUGGACGAGCCGACGCUGGGGCUGGCGCCGAUCAUCGUGAAAGAGGUCUUCGAGAAAGUGUCGGAGAUCAGCGACUCGCUGGGCACCACGAUCAUGGUCGUCGAGCACAACAUCCGGGGCGUGCUGGGCAUCGCCAACCGGGGUUACGUACUGGACAAGGGUCGCGUGGUCUAUGAGGGAACGCCGGACAACAUCCGAGACUCCGACAUACUGACUCGGGUAUUCUUGGGCGAGGUGGGCGAGGUGGGCGAGGAGGAGGAGUAUGAGCAGGGGUAG